AUGGCGGAUGACGAAGUGAACGAUGAAGAAGAAACUCUUUUUCAGAGGCAGAAGAGAGAAAGAAAGCAAUUACAAGGUGAAAUUCAGAAAUUAAAGCACACUGUUCCCAAGGGAGAUAAGAAGAAAAAGAAGGAAAUCACUGAACAGAUUGCCAAGCUGCAAGCUGAUCUUGAUUUGAAACAUAAACAAGAAGAGGAAGCACUGGAAGCCAAUACACAGCAGACGGAGGAAGUCACAACCGAGCUCGAGUCAGUAACUGUAGAUGAUUCAAGGGAGAUAACUGCUGAUGAAAAUCAACACAACCCUUCAAGAGGAAAGAAAAUGUCCAAGGCACAGAAACGGAGAGACAAGAAAUCUCAAAAAGACAAAGAUCGGAAUGACCAGAUAGCAGAACAAGCCAAAGAAAACCAGCACGGACCCCGGCAUUUAGAAACACAAAAACUGAAAACCUUGCUUGGGCAAAGAGGUCUUCAGAUACACGAGAUUGCCUCUGAUGGAAAUUGUCUGUAUAAUGCGCUGGUUCAUCAGUUGGAACAUCGAAAGCUCAAGUCUUCCAAUGAGAUGCUGAGACAGCAAACAGCUGAUUACAUGAAGGAACACACAGACGACUUCAUGCCGUUUCUAACAAAACCCGACACUGGAAACCCUUACAGUCUAGAUGAAUUUGAACAGUAUUGUAACGAUGUUGCCACAACCUCAGCUUGGGGUGGACAUCUCGAGCUAAGGGCACUGUCACACAUACUGAAGUCUCAGAUUGAAGUGAUACAAGCAGAUGCCCCGCCAAUCAUAAUGGGAGAAGAAUUUCAUACCAAUCCUUUGAUUGUCACUUACCAUCGGCACGCUUACGGACUUGGAGAACAUUAUAAUUCUGUAGCAGAGAAAACUGCUGACAAGGAUGCAACCAGUGGUUUUUCAUAGCACUGUAAUAAGUUAUUACGGUUUACAGAAUACAAUUAUACCUCCGCUGUUAGGACAGUGCCAACCAUCAUUACACAAUAGUAAUGUACAGCAGGUUUUCUUACACACCUGGUGGUGAGAAUAUCACGUGUUAUCGAUUUGAAGACAUACAAUUGGCUGCUCCACAGUGAUGACCCAGUCGCCACAGCCAUACCAUCCAAUGAAAUAAGCAUGACCAAAAUCAAUUACUCAGUGAUGUAUAAGUUAAAGUGAAACUCAUUGCUGUGUGACAUUGAAGUAAAACUGCAAGCACAAACGAGGUAAAUAAGUUUUAGAUGGAAAAGACAUUUUUGAGGAUAUGUAUGAUAUAGAAUACUUACAUACAUACCAUUUAUCUGACAACUCAUUCUCAUUGUUUAAAAACAUAUCAAACUUGCUUUCACUCGUUAAGAUACAUUUUGAAACAACUCAUCAAAUGGUAUCUGAUGGCCAUUAUAUCUUACACACCCAUUGGAGUGAACACUGACAUUUGUUGUAUUACAUACUGAUAUUACAUAUGUUGGUGAUUAAUUUAAAGAUAUCCAAUUGGCUGCUUCAUGAAAUGAAAUCAACCCAAUUGAAAUCGAUUGCUGACUGAUGUAUAAGUUAGAUGGUAUCCAACAGCCACUUCAGUAGUAUUCGCUGUAUCUUCUUGUGGACACGAUGACACGCACCUAAUUAUCAAGCACCCAUUAAAUCUGGCUGAAGGCUAAAUUACAAAUAUAUCCUUUGAAG